AAAAAUGUCAUCAAAACGUCAAAUUUGGCGCAAUUUUGUGUAAAUUUGCUAUCGGUAUUUAAGCUUCUUUAAAGAAAUUUGGAGAUAAUUAAUCAAGAUGUCAGAUAACGAAGACGCAGUAGAUGCAUCUGCAGGUUCUAACACGUUAUACAAACCAUCUUUUGUACUUAUCGCAAUCGAUACUGACCCUUCGAUGUUCGUUAAAAAUGAAAGUGAUGGAAAUAUUCCUUUUAAAGACUGCAUUUCUGCCUGCUACAACCUGGCAAAUUCACUAAUAUUUGUCCAAAAUAAGCGAAGCUGGAGUCCAUUUGGUAUAGUAUUAGCCCGUGAAGAUGCUUCAGCGUCGUUGAUCAAUUUCAAAGAUAACAUCUUAGAAUCAAUUAAAUUGCUUAAAGAAAAGAAUGAAUUAUCUGAGGAUAAAUUAUUGGAUCUGUAUCAGCGGAAAGGCGGUUUAAAUUUGAGUUCAUUUUUUCUCUUUUGUAAGAAGAAGUUCAAGGAAGUUAAUUCUGCUUUUUACAAAAGAACCAUUAUUUAUGUAACCAGUGAUGAUAAUCCAGUUAAAGAUGAUAAAAACCAGAGGUUUGCUGCUCUCAAUGAAGCAAAAAAUUUUGGGUGUAAUGAUAUUACUUUUGAAUUGGUGACUAUGAGUCACAACUUUGAUUAUAAAAUCUUUUACAAUGAACUGUUUUCAAUCAUAAAAAGCCCUCCUGUUGAAACAGUUGUUGAAGAUGAAGAUGGUUUAUUAGAGAAACUUUCUUCUUUGAUUGUAAGGAGAUUUUAUCAGAGAAGGUUGCUGUUUUUCCCUUUCUUGAAUGACCAGACAAGGUUUCUUAAAAUCAAACAAAAGUCAUUUGUCCAAGAAGAAAAACUAUACAACAACGCAUGUAUUUCAGAAAGUGGUAAACUUUUGAAAAAAGUUUCAAAAGUGGUAAAUGACGUUAUUGAAACUUACAAUCUUAGACAUGCGGACGGAACAAUUGAAUUUAGUGUUGAAGAACGAUUUAAAAUAAAAAAUACAGAUCUACCAGUUGGAUAUACCCUCAUUCAGGUUUCUGACAGAGUCACAGAUGUUGGCAUUGUGUUGACACAUCCUGCAAUCAUUGAGAUUGAUCCUAAAGAAGAGUUAGAUUAUUUUGCUAGUUUUUGGCAGUAUUGUGUUGAUAAGAACAAAGUUCUUAUUUGUUUCAGAAAACUUAAAAAGCUUGAUAAAAUAUGUUUUGUGGAAUUUAUUCCGAAAUUUAUGAAUAAUAAUAGAGUAUUUUUGGUCAAAACAAUUCCUUUUAAUGAUGAACAUCAACGCACUCCAAGUGAUCUUGCUACUGAGGAACAAAGUGAGAGUUACUCAGGGAAAAUGCGUAGUACAACUAAUGAACUUAUAAAUGAAUUAACAUUUGAUUAUGAUCCUAAAAUGUUUACCAAUCCUUCCCUUACUAAGAAGAAAGCUUAUUUAAGGUCCAAGUUACUUGAUGAACCUCAAGGAGAGGUUGAAGACGUUUCUUUAGAUAGCGCUGCUAUUGAUAAGAGGUUGGGUGAUAUAGGAGAAAGUUUCAAAAAGCUGUUUGCUUUAGGAGAAGAGACUGCGCCAAAGAGGAAGGCUCCUUCCACAGCAAGGGGAUCCAAGAAGAAGAAGGCCUAAGUGUUUAAUGGCUUUAUCUGCAAAAACAUAAAUUUAAGAACUAAUUUAAGAUUUUCAAUAUAAUAUAAUUAUUGUAUUAUUUUUUAUGUUAAAUGUUUUCAAUUUGUAUUUUUGUGCUUAUUUGAUAUUAAAAUCCAAGACAUUUGAUUUGAAA